ACCGGCCGUCUCGUUUGUGGAGAAGAAGGAAAGAAAGAGGGUGGGGGGGUUACAAGAUCACUGAAGGAUGCUUUAACUACUGGUCCAUGCAGAUCUCUCUCGGAGUGACAAGGAUGGUCUUGCAUACAUCGUGGCGGGCGCUGCGCCACUGGCUGGGGAAGAUCCGUCCUCUCACAAAAGGCGAUCAGAACCCCUUCCCCUCAUACGUCUGAUGAUGCUAUUUUUAAGAAAUGAAGAUGCCUACGACGAUCUGAUAUCGAAGGAUUUGGUUUUAUGAUAAUCACUCCCGUUUAGAUGUGACGUAGACGAUAAGUUCCUUUUUUUGUGGUUCGCGAUUGUGGCCGUGCUUUGCAGGCAACAAUACCAACAAUAACCAACACCGACUAACAAUUAACAACAAUAACAAACAGUCUCAGCUUGAUAUGCGCGCCGGCUAACUAGGUUAGUAGUUUUAAUUUGCUGGCAAACUAAACGAGGCAGGGAGCGAUUCGCCCCGUCCAGGCAUCUUGGGCGUGAAUUGUCGCCUAUGCAAGGGAUGGGCGGCAGAUAUCUUGACGUUGACACGGGAAGGGCGAUUGUCACGACAGGGAUCAAGAGGGAGGGUGAGGAAAAGAUCUAUCUCUUCGAUCAGCAGUAUGCAGCUUAAGCAUUACUACUGGUUAGAAUGUAUGAUCUCUUGCCUGUCAGACGUGGGAAGAUCCCGUCCGAGUGGAUCAGGGUUGGCAUACUUGGUACAAACAACCCUGUCAGUAAGCAGUAGAACUAUUCUUUUUCCUUUCCUUUUCUGUUUUGCUUUUUGACAUUAGCGUGGAAGGCAGGUAAAGCGUCUCAGCCUUCAUUAUUAUUAUUAUUUUUCUCUCAUUGCCUCGUGUUGGGAAUUGGUUUUCCGAGGAUUUCAUUUGCCUUGGGCCCAGAGCGCUUAAGCAGGUUCUUUGCCUGACGGAACGCCGGGCUUGGGAUUGGGCAAGAAACGCUACCGGAGUUAUGCUUGCUGGGUACCUAAGGUACCUAUCACCUACCAGUAGAUACCUCUUUCCUCCACCUGCCACGCAGGAGUGAUAGAAGGUAUACUACGCUCUACGUUGUGAUGUAUACACUAGAAACCCGAAGAAUGAACCAAAAACCCCCUCCUCCAAACACAGCAACAACCGGCAUGUCCGAGGGGUUUGUAAGGCAGAUCCCAUGACUUCCGAGACGCCACAGUGGGAAUUACCGAAACCGGCAAUGUGGCUGGGGGGAAAGGCAGACCACGUGCUGGAGAGCCCUGAUUGGCAGGCAGCAAUGAGGCAUGCAACCCGACGGGGAUUGUGGCGGAUGGGGCCUUGUCGAAGCUGAGCAAAGAAAUUAAGGGAAGUAAAGAGAGAAGCCGACCUCUGGU